AUUUUUUACCGUGUCUUUAAUAAAAAUUAAUCACAGAGCAAAUUUGUAUAAGCAAGUAUCUUCACCAUAAAUUUAUGUUUCCUUUUCAUAUAUUUAAUUAAACUUAUCUACCUCCCACUCUCGGAUAUCAGUUGUCAUUUCUGUCAUUGGAUUAUUGGCCGUCGUUUACAGAAACCGUGGCUCGAUUUAACCCAUAUUCUUAUCCUUUCAAUAGUAUUGUGUGAUGUUGAUUUUAAAAGAACUAUAAUUUAAAAAGAUGAAGUGUAUCUGUGAUGUGUUAUAAGUAAAAAUAUCUGAACACAAGAUACACUAACUAAGUUACUAAGGUUAAAAUUAUGUGUAAUCGAUAUUUACUUGUACAAAGAUAGAAGAAUUUUGUAUUAAAAUAUAAUCAGGGAGAUGGGUCCUCCUCCGGUUGUGACGGGCGUAUCUCCAAAAGAAGGUCCUCCUGGAACUCGUGUAAUAGUCCGUGGUGAAUUUUUGGGUAACAAGGCACAGGAUCUUAUAGGUUUGACAAUAUGUGGAUGUGAUUGUCUUCUGUCAGCAGAAUGGAAAUCUUCUAACAAAAUUAUUGCUAGAUCAGGACCUUGUAAAGGUCGUGGAGAUAUUAUAGUAACUACCCGUAGUGGAGGACAGGGAACAUCAACAGUACAAUUUCGUGGUUACCAUGAAACUAUAGGUCCUAUGAAAGAAUCUGCAGUUUGGGUCGAAGAAGCUCCUAUGCAAAGUUUUGUAUGGGGAAGAAGAACACUGUCCCCAACUAAUUAUCAACAAGAAGAUCCUCUAGGUUUAAGCGUAGAAGGCAACGACAAAAAGUUUCCUGAAGAUGAAUUAAUAGAAUUAUUUGGAGAAGGUAGCGGUGAUCUUACUAGUGAAAAGUUUCACCCUGGAUGGUUUUUAUUGCAACACCAUCAUGCGACCACUUUUGAAGACUUGAAAGCUGGGUUGGCAUAUCUUAAGAGAAAAGUAAAUUCACAGAAAGAAGGUCAACUAUCAUUUUUGAAGGCUAAUGUAGGCUCGGUAGUAGAACAAUUAGACACAAUAAUGUUGUUGAAAGAACAGUUUGAAAGUGAUGUAAAAACAUAUGGCAAUGAUCCUACUGAAAAAUUAGAAAAAUCUAUUCAGAGGUCUAUGUCGGAGGCUAACAAAUUAUUUGACGAUGUACUAGCAAGAAGAGACAGAGCAGAUGCAACGAGAAAUGCCCUAGCUGUAAUGCAAAGAUACAAGUUCCUUUUUUGUAUGCCAGUUAAUAUAGACAAAAAUAUAAAACGGAGCAAUUACGAUCUUGUAAUUAACGAUUACGCUAGAGUAAAGAAUUUAUUUAAAAACACAGAAAUUGAUGUUUUCAAACAAGUGUUACAAGAAAUCGACGAUAAAAUUGAUAUGCUUAAAGUGCAUCUAAGGAAAAAGCUUGAAGAAAUGCCUUUCAGUUUGGAGGAGCAUAAAAAGAUAAUCAGAAAUCUUGUUAAUUUGGAAGCCGAAGGAGAUCCAGCUUGGGAUGCAAUAGUUUCACAUUCAAAUUACUUAAAGAAAAGUAUUACCGCAUGUAUGCAAGAACAUUUAGAAAUCGAUAACUUGACUGGAGAGGAUUCGAAUAAAAUGAAAUCGGCGCAGAAUAAUAAACAGUUAAAAUCAAACAAAAAUGAUACAACUAAUGUUCCGCCACAAAUAUCGUGUGUUGAAGCUAUUUGUGAUAUAAUAGUUGAACAGUUACCCGAUUUAUGGAGAUUAGGUCAAAGUUAUUUUACAGGACAGUUGCACGUUGCAGUGGAUGCAGAGAAACAAAUUCCGUUCAAGAAUUUAGUACUGUCAAGCAUGCAGCAUGCCAUGGAAGCCAUGAGAGGUAUAUGUAGCAACGAUUUGGACGCCAUAUGGCUUUUGCACAUCUUACGCAGGAUUAGACAAAUGUAUGCUUCGUUAAUUCAUCUGGAUUUGCCAAACGAAGCAUUGGAUAUUUUCGGAAAAUUUAUACUCGACUUAAGGUUGCAGUGUCUCGGGGCUCUUUUUAAACAAACUGCAGAAAGUAUAUCAGCUUUACAUAAAAAGGAAUCGUGGCAAAUAGAAUAUUUAAACGAAGAUGGUGGCCUUACGAAAGUGCCAUACCUAUUUGAAGAAAUGGUUAUGGAAGUUUCGAAACGAGCACGAGAGAAAGUGGUUGCUUGUGGUCCUCGUGAAGGACCAUUGUUUGCCAAUCCUGCGCAUCAAAAUUUAUAUUACAAUUCUAUCAAAACAUUGUUCACAUCGUUUACGCGAUGUCUACAGAGUUUGGCAUUUAGCGGGUGCGAAGAAGCUCUAGAUGAUGACGAGUCUUCCGUUUCCCAAUUGGUUGGUUCCCCUUCCGGGUAUAAAAGCAAGGGUAACAAACAUCAAGGCCCAACGUGGGAACAAUGCCUGUUAAUCUCGUUAAGUAAUAUUCGCUAUACACUGAACACCAUCUUACCAAGAAUUGGAGACGCAUUAAAGGAUCUGGAUUAUCCAAGUUUAUCAAACGCGGUUGGAUGGAACUCUGAUUGGACGCAACUAGAAACAUUGGAUACAGCUGUCUUGGAUGCAUACUUGGAACGUCGUUGCGAUCCAUUAGUCGGUACAAUCGAACCGAGCAUGUAUCUAGGCGGUUUAGAAUGGGACUUUGAAUCUGAGCCCACUCACGUGAGACCGUAUGCGCAAGAAAUCUUGGCAAAUUUAAUCGGAGUUCAUGCAGAAGUAUUUAUAAUUUCAUCCUCAGCUAAAUUGGAUUUUAGAAACACGGUUUUUAUUUAUCGUAACGCUUUCUUUUUCUUACAGGUACGUCGUGUCGCGCCAGCUUUAUUACAGCGAGUAUUGUCACAUAUAGUAGAAACUGUAGCGGAAGAACUUGCGAGACUUAUGUCAUGCGUGACUCAAUUUCGACCGGCCGGAGUUGUACAAGCACGAACAGACAUUAUAUUUUUACGAAAUGCUUUACAAUUUUACAGUACGACGAGGGCGAAAAACUUCUUCGAAGAAGCUUUAGAUGCUAUACCACAACCUGUUAGCAAAGAAGAUCGCAUGCGAGUCGACAUGCUGUUAUCAAAAGUGGCAACAUCCAUGCAUUUACAAUUGUCGUGUCUUGCCAGUGAUACAAAGAAUAAUACUCCUACGUUGAUUGCUGAUCCUAAUCGUGUUACCACUGUAUAGUUGUACUAGUAACGUAAGCAUCUAAGUAAGUAAAUCACUACAUUUACCAACAUUAUGUUUUUACAACGUACAGUAAAAUCUCUCUAGUUGUCCGUAAGCUGAGAAGCGAGAGUGGACAAUAUGGGCAGGGUAGACACGAUUUUGGUUUUCUUAUUCGUGUUUCUUCACUAGUUGCAAAGUGCCGGUAUCCGCGACCAGUAAUACAGUAUCGCCUGAAAAUACAUUUAUAUAUCUAGUGUAUUCUCCGUUUUCUUUUUCUUUACUGAAUACUAAAAUUUUACCUGUUCGAAAAAAUUGUGUAGCUCUGUUAGCGCCAACGAUACAAGGAAGCCCGUAUUCUCUAGCUAUUACAGCUCCAUGGCUUAUUAGUCCUCCUAAUUCCGUAACUAUUCCACUCAGUAACGAAAAAUAUGGACUCCAAGCAAUGUCAGUAGAACGAGUAAUUAGAAUAUCACCGUGUUGUAUAGUGUUCGCUUGUGAUACAUCUGUUAUUACACAUGCUCUGCCAACAAUAGAACCACCGCAUACCGACGUUCCUUCAAUCUUUACAUUACCAUCGCUUAUUGGCACAUCUAUACUUUUCUGUAACACAGGAAUAACUGUUUCUUUUUAUUUCUCUAUAGUACGUAAAUUAUUAUAAAAUAAAAUAGGAUAAUUUACCUUUAUAGGGUUCGGCAUACCAAUGUUAAAUUCUGGAUAUUCGAGUUCUUUUAAUUUAGGAAAGAUUCGUUUUCUACGACAAGCUCUAAAAAAUGUGUAAAAAUGCGUCAAUGAUUUGAAAGAUUUUGAAAUAUCAUAAAAUUUCAAUGAUUCUAUUACUUUUGUACUAAUAUUGCACUACGGUGAUUUAAAGUUUCUCCUAUUUCCUCGAUCGUUAAGAAGAAUAUUAGAUCCUCUGAAGGUAUAUAUUCUUCUAAAACCAUCAGUUUUCCUAAUCUUCUAAAAGCUAAUCUGAAUCUGUGUAUCACAUUUACAAAAAUUGAUUUAGUUAGUUCUCUACGCGUAACAGCUUUUCUGCAGAGAGGUGUAAUUUUUCUAAGGAGCCAUCUAGAAAUCGCUGAUUUUGGUGUUUUUAACGAUGUUAUUGUUUCUUCCACGCUGAGUACUUUAGUUGGACUGCUCGUUUCCGGGAUUGAUAUCAUUGUCUAGAAAAAAUGUAAUUUGGUUCACUGAUAUGUUCUCAUUGUAUUUAUGCAAAUAACUCACUCAAGUUUACCUGAAGCGUGACGAUGAGAUUCUCACGUCUAAGAUCCCAUGGUUCUGAGAUAAAGUCCAUCUCCUGAAUACAUCUAUGCCCAUGCUCUUUAAGAAACUUGUUCAAUUCUUCUGCAGCAGCUGGGCAAUUAAUUUUCAACCAAUCAAUUCCUUUUGUAGGUUCAACUAUUUUAAAUUCCUCAUCCUUUUCAUCUUUCUUUAUGUAAGUUAUAAUCUUUCUAAGGCUCAUCACCACCUCGGUACCAAUAAUAUCGCUGCAAGAACUCAAUAAAAGCGCAAUGUCUGAAAAAUGCUCUGGUACGAAGUCUGUGUAACCGCUUGUCAGUAGUGUCAUUGCGAAGAUUUGAUAACUGAUACUAACUCUCGAUGCAUGCGAAUGAUAAUCUACUUGCUGAAAUUUCAUACAAUUCAAUAAUAUAUUAAUUAAAACAUUAUAAUAUCUAAAAACCUACCGGUCUGAAACAAUCCUUCAAUCUCCGAGUGAUUUCAUCGUAUAAACUGUGGGCGGUAGAAAAUUCUUCUGCUUUUAAAUUUAAAUUUUUACAAGUUUCCGCCGCAGUCCUUUCUAUUCUACCGUUUUGUAUCAUUUCUUUUAUCAUCUUUAUUAUUGCAAGCAUUUGAAAUCUUGCAGUAGCUAUACCGUUUCUUUCACACGCGAUUCUAUGAUGUUCCGGUGUUAUUACCACUUUUCCGCUAAGUGCAAUAUCUACGAUCUUAUUCUGAAGCGUUAUUUUCUUAGCAGGCUUUCGUAGAAACGUCUGUUAAUAAAAAUACAUAAUUUAUAACAUACGUAUUGUAAAUUUCAUUACGAUUCUUCAGUAUAACUUACAGCAUAAUAAUUUAUGGCGUUUUUCAUGCCGAAUAUGCUGAAACAGGUCUGAUUUUUCGUUCCAAUUUCAUCGUUCAAAUUUGAAUUGAACGUUGGAGGAAGAAUAGAUACUGUUAAGGGUGACAUUGGAUGUGGGAACACCUCGCCGACAUUGGCAAAUGUGUUGAAGUCAAUAUCGCUAGGAACACCUGUUCCUAAUUCGUGUAUCAGUUCGAAUUCUGUCCACAUGUAUAACGUAGUAAUAGGACGAGCUUGAAGUAAAUAAAUCUUCUCGUCGAUCACUGCCCAUUCUAUGUCCCUACCACUGCCGAACAGAGUCUCUAAAUUUAUUCCUAUAGCAGCUAAUCGUAAAGCUACUUUGUCUGGCAAGCAAACUGUUUUGCUCUCUUGAUCGUCCAGUUUAACUGUAACUACUCCAUCGCCACUUGCCAAAAUCUUUUCCUUCUUAUUCCCUGCUGUCGAACUUUUUACAGCUAAUUUAUUGUCCCAGGUUUUGUGAACGACUAUAGUAUCAGGUUCAACCGCUGCCGAUACAACCGUCUGCAUAAAGCAUAAAAAUAUCACUGAUUGUAGAAUUCCAUGGCUAUAACAUACAGUGGUACCUCGGUAUACGACCUUAAUCCGUUCCUGAUGUUUGCACUUAUACCAAACCAACCUUUCCCAUAAGAAGUAAUGUAAAAAUUGAUUAAUCCGUUCUCAUGUAAAAGAAACUGUUAUUGAUAUUAUACCUACAUUAAUGGGGUUGUAAAAUAAUUUAAACACUGUUUAUGUCAUGAACAGCAUUUAAACGAUUUCCUAGUAGUUUAUAAAAAAUAUUCACUGGUUUAUUUAACAUAAUUAAUUUGUAAAAUAUAAAUGUAACCUAAUGAUAGAUUCUAAAUUAACAAACCAAAUGGAAUAAAUUUGAUUGCCUCCUGUUUUGCGGUUAUAGUUUGUUAUAUGAUAUCCUUACUUGUAUGAUCAGUCAGUUAAUAAUACAUCAACUCCGAAUAUAAUUGAUUAUUCAUUUAAUUUUUCCUCCGAGAUAAUUAUUUAAAAAUGACGAAAAAUUCACAGAAAAAAUUUAUGUCGUAUACCGAGCAAAAUUUGUUACGUUCAAACAGGACGUAUACCAAGGUACCACUGUACUACUUUUUUUUCCUUUUUUUUUUUUUUUUUCAACAA